GAAACCGAGAGCGAGCGAGAGAGAGACUGACUUAAAAGAAAGAGGAGGAGCUUCGAGAGAGAGACUCCGGCUGUCAAUCAAAGGCGGGAGUUCCAAUAAUCUCCAGCAAUCUGUUAGGACCUGACCUGGAGUCCACUCAGAUCAAUAGGAAAAGUGAAGGGAGAAAGAGACGGAGGAUCGUUACGCAGCAGCGGCUGGAGGAGGAGGAAGAAGAAGACGAAGAAGAGGAAGAGGAGGAGGCGGCGGCAGCAGCUGCAGCCCCCCCCGGCCUCGCCUGGUCUCCCCACCCCGCUAACCCACCCGGCACCGCCAAUGCCUGGCAGACUUUCUGAGACGCACUAAAAAAGUGCAGGCGAGGCGAGCAAAGGGCGAACGACCGGGCUCCUUUUCUUCGCUUCUGCGCCUCUCUCUCUCUCUUUCUUUCCUUCCUCGCGCUCUCUCCUUUCGCUUCUCUUUCCUUUCCUCCCCCUCCCUCUUUCCCCUCCCCUCUUUCCUUCCCCCCUUCCUUCCCCUCUUCCCCCCCUCCUCGCCUCUCCACCCCCCCACCCCAACCACACACCACCCCGCCAUGGCAUUUUCCCAGUUGGGAUACCAGUAUAUCCGGCCGCUCUACCCGUCGGAUCGCCAAGGGAACAGCAGCUCCCGAAGCGGGGCAGACCUCAGCCCGACGGGGACGCUCUCCAACGUGCUCUCCUCCAUGUACGGAGCGCCGUACGCGGCAGCCGCGGCUGCUCAGGGAUACGGAGCCUUCCUCCCCUACACCGCCGAGCUACCCAUCUUCCCGCAGCUGGUAAGGAGACGAGUCCACAGAUUCCGCUCUUCUUUCUUUCUCUCUUUCUCUUUCUCGCUCUCUGACACCCCCCUCCAACUCCAGAUUUCCCUCUUUAAAAACCCGCAGUCCUCCUUUCUCCCCCUUUCUUUCUCUUUUUGGAAUCUUCAGCUUUUCUUUCUCUUCCAACUCCGCCUGCGAUGUGACUUUGCACAGCUGCGGGCGUAAAGCGAAGGCGCAGGAAAAGGUGCAAUUGGCUGGCGGUGCUUUGCAAGUGACCAGCUCGGUCUCCUGGUUUCCCCCCCCCUCUCGAUCUGGGCCCGGGGGUGCGCUAGGGGGGCCGACAAGGGGUUAAAAAUCUCUCUUCGGCAGAUUGAGAAGAGCAUGCAAAAAAACUCCUGCCUCGGCUUUAUUUUUUAUUUUUUAAAAAAAUAACUCGCAGAGUUUGGGACACAGUUCGUGGCCCCUCCCGUGACUUUUAAAAUUUUUAUUUAUUUAUUUAUUUUUUAAAAGAGAGGCACCCGGAUCCUUAAACCACUGCUUAGUCGGAAGUAAUGGGCCGUAUUAAUUUCAAUGCAGCUUUCAAAUAAUUCCGGGUGUGUGGAGAACUGAACUGAACCAAGGGCAGCGGGUGGGGGGGGGGGAGAAGAGAGAGAAUCACCUCCGUGAGUGUCUUUGAUCGUCUUUUCUCAACGUAAGAACAAUCCCAUAUUGUGUCUUUUCCUUGUGAAUAACACGCACUGGAUGAGAGGGGGGGGGGGAAGAGAGUCGGAAUCCCGCUUUGAAAAUCACUAAUCAUGUUAUUAUUAAUAAGCCUUGGAAGCAAAAAGAUCUGCUGUGGGGAUCCAAACCUAGCAGAAAAUAAAGUGUUCGGGUUUUUCAUAAUAUAAGGGAGCCUGAUUUCAACAGAGAGUUGUGGGAAGGAGUUACUGAGUCCUUUUGUUGUCCAUAUAUCUUCGAGAGUUUGAAUAUAGUUUCAGAGCGCAAUUCCUAGGCCCGUGUUUCCCCAAUGAAAGUUGAAAAAGGGAAAUCUAACAAUUCCCCCAAUACGGACACCCAUACCCAUCAAAACCCUUGCACACAAAUGGGCGCUGGUAUUCUCUCUCUCUCGCUCUCUCUCUUGCUCUCGCUCUCUCUCCUCCUUUCCGUGAGGGGUUGAUUGACAGUUCGAUCUAGCGCGCGGAGGAAUCGUCAGGCAAAAGGGUGUUUUGUUUUUUUAUUUAAAGGGGGUUUAGCAGUAACACCUCCGUUGUGCAAGUUGCGGGGGGUGGGGGGAGGAGAGACACACAGAAACUUCGAGCAGAGAUUUUGUCAAGUUAAGCCUGAGCGUUUCUUUAAAGCAAAAACAAAAUCCAACUUCUGCAAAGUUGCAAGCGGUGAAUUAAAAACAACUACAGCCCCUGUCUAAUAAUACCCUGAUCUGUUAUGUUUUCUCUCAAGGAAACAAUGGGAGAUUUAAUAGGAUCUCCCAUUAAAUGCAUGGCAUAUGCUGUGCAUCCCUCUCGUCUCCCCACACCACGUCUCAUUUGGGGGUUGUGUGUGAAUUUGGGGGUUGUGUGUGAAUAUAUACGUAACUUAUUUCACUUCUGUCAUAUAUGUGAUAACGCCCAGCUACUUUUCGAGAUUGUGUUUCCCGAGUUCUGAAGGCCAGGGCUGCAUGCGAAUCACCCAAGAAGUUUAAAAACGUGAGCGAGGUGCGCGCGCGUGUGCGCGUUCAACUCGCUAUAGAAAAUACUUUUCAAAAAGGACUGAGCAAGAAACUUGGCUGGGACACCUCUAGAACUCUGUGGAUUUAAGAAAUAACAGGCAGCCUCCCAACCGCCCCCCGCAUACACAUCAAUCCCCUUUAUAACUUUUGAAAGGAGAAAUUAUUAUGAAACUGCAGGCGGAAUCGCACUUCUCCAUAUCGAACUUAAAAGGGCAAGCUUCCGAAUCUCACAGCGUUCUUCGUCGCCCGGCAGAAUGACAGCCGCGCAACCCUUGAUUCAUUUGAUCCCGUCGAAUAUAUUGCUCGACUUAUCUUCCACCCCUUUGGGAGUCAAGAGGGCUACUGAACCGGUGUGGGGGCUCUCCCCUCCUUGAAAGAGCCCAUUUCCAUGGCUAACCGUUAGUUGCUCUGUGUAACGCCCCCCUCCCCAUUUUUUCUGUCCUUCUCCAGGGAGCCCAGUAUGAGCUGAAGGAGGGCCCCGGCGUCCAGCACCCGGCUUUUCCUCACCACCACCCGGCUUUCUACCCCUAUGGCCAGUACCAGUUUGGCGACCCGUCGAGGCCCAAGAACGCCACCCGCGAGAGCACCAGCACCCUCAAGGCCUGGCUGAACGAGCACCGGAAAAACCCUUACCCCACCAAAGGCGAGAAGAUCAUGCUGGCCAUCAUCACCAAGAUGACCCUCACGCAGGUCUCCACCUGGUUCGCCAACGCCCGGCGGCGCCUCAAAAAGGAGAAUAAAAUGACCUGGGCUCCGCGGAGCCGCACCGACGAGGAGGGCAACUCUUACGGCAGCGAGCACGACGAAGAGGACGGCGAAGGAGACAAGCGGGACCCCGACGACGAGGAGAUCGACCUGGAGAACAUCGACACCGAGAAUAUGGAGAGCGGGGCGCCAGGGGCCAAAGCGGGGCAGCUUCUCCUGGAAGGGGAGGACGACGAGGAGGACGACGACGAGGAGGAGGAAGAGGACGAGGAACCGCCGGAUGAUUCGGUGCUCCUCCAUUCCGACGCCAAAACCACCGACUCGGAGGGCUCCGACGGCUUCGAGGACCUGCCGGGAGCUCAGGAGCGCUUCUUGAAGGCUAUGGAGGCCCGUCAGCGCGCCUCGUCGGGCGAGCUGCCUUCGCCAGCGGCUCUCCAGCAGCAGCAGCAGCUACAGCAACCGCGCCAUCUUUCCUCCCCAGCGUCCCCCCCAACGGCUCCCAGCCCCGCUUUGGCACCGCAAGCGCAGCCUCCCAAGCCCAAGAUCUGGUCCUUAGCAGAGACGGCUACCAGCCCGGAUAACCCGUCGCGGAAAUCUCCCCCCAGCGGAGGUUCCCCCCCUGCGGCAGCAGCCACCCCCCAGAGCCUCCAGCUGGUGGGAGCCCCCGCACCGCCGCAGCCUCCUCCGACGGCCCCGGGCCCCGCGCACAGACUGGUCGCCUCUUGCCCUCUGGGCAAAUUCGCUAACUGGUCCAGCCGGGCCUUCUCGGCCCACCCCCAUCACCACCACCACCACCAUCCCCACCCGCUCACUUUACUGAACACUCCCCACCUGCUGGGACUCGGGGGGGCGAACCCCAGCGCGGCCCCCAGCGCGGCGGCUAUCGCGGCUUUCUCCAGACCCGCGGACCAAGCGCAGAGCGCGGAGUCCUCCGGAACAGGUAACCCAUUCGAUGGGAGGGAGGCGUAUACCUGAGAGGGGGGAAAGGCAAGGUGGGAGGGGGAGGGGGAAAACAACUUGGCUGCAACCCUAAGAUCCAUGGGACUUACGUGGGGGAGAGAAGUUUGAGCUAGGGUGGGUUUGUAUGCGAGGCUGCGCGUUUAUUCCCUGAGACUUAUGUGGCAUUCAGUUAAGUUUCCUUAGACAACACUGAAAUGAACCUGAAGAAAUUUGAGUCCAUUCAUUUCAGUGGGUCUACUCUGAUUAAAACUAAGCUGGCUACCACUAAAACAAUUUAUAAGAACGCAAAUGGUAGAAGGGAGGGGGACUUAGAAGGAAGCUCCAGAAUAGAGUAGGUGGAAUAAAAAACGACGAAAGCGGGAGGUAUUCCUCGAGGGUUUGAAGCCCAAAGAAGCAAUUCAUUAUGACGGGGAAAGACAGUCAGACCCUGACUGCUCCCUUUUCUGGACUCUCUAUAUCUCUUUUCCCAAAAGAGGUCCAGGCUUUCUUAGUUGGCCUAAAGAUUCAGUUUGUAUUUCGGACAGAAACAUUGGCUGGAUCUCUCCACAGCCCACGAACAUGCAAUAUCAUGCUGGAUCAGUUUCUGGUCUCCUAUUCUAUCGACUUCAGUGCCAGGCUCCCCAUUCAGAAUCACUUGGUAAUACAGUAAAUAAAUCAGAAGGCCUUUACCUGGGGCCCUUUCUUUUUAAAACAACAACAACUUCCACCAAUAUUGCCGUCAAAACUGGGGGAGCUUUUUUAAAAAAAUUGCAUUCUCCCAGUAAGGGAUACCCUAGUUGCUGUGGUCAGAAUUGGUGCUCUCUGUAUUGAUGGUAUCAUCUGCCUAUUUUAAAAAGCACAUUUAACACCCCCCCCCAAAAAAACCCCCCUCUCUUAUAUUUGCUAGGAAAGAAAUCCCCAAACUGAAAUCAAAGGUGUGGGUCUUUGGUUUUUUGUUUUUUUUUUACUUCCAUGUAAAAUGGGUUUGGCAAUCCAGGUGUUCUGUGACCUUAAGCGCACACUUUGAAGCGAUCAAGCAAAAUCCCACUGAAAUGAAGCAUUUUUAUUUUAAUACUGGACAUGGUUAGGAUUUGGGUUCUCUUUAACAGGUUUUCAUUUUUUUUCAUUUUUAAAAAAAGAAUGUACUGAGCUAAGUUGCUAAGAGUGACAUGAAUUCAGGAACCUUAGAGAAGCAAAUCCAAGGUGGUUUUUUUUAAAAAAAAGGAACUUUUUUUUUCUUUGUUUGCUUUUGUUUGUUUUAGAUCGAUCUAGUGCCUUGGAAGUAGAGAAAAAGUUAAUAAAGACAGCUUUUCAACCAGUUCAGAGGCGGUAAGAGAUUAUCUAUGUCCUAGAGGGUACAUUAAAAAGGGAGAGGAAUUUGCUUGUAGACCAAUUCCCAUUGACAUCAAUGGGACUUGCUGCCCUGCAAGAUGCAAUCUCUUGCAGACUUACUUGGGAGUAAAUGCCACUGAAACCAGGACUUGGACUUCCUUCCAAGUAAACAUGUGAGGGAUUUGGGCCCCACCAUGUAUAUUUAGGACUGGGGAAGAAUUAUAAAUGGCCACUUUGGUUCCAGUCCCUCUGAGAUUCAUUUUCCAAGCCAGCUUUAGUGCACUUUUGUGAUGUUAGAUAAGAGCACCAAGGAAAGAUUGCAGAGUCAGUUUUCUAGAAUUUGUAAACUAGUGCUUGUGAGAUACAAAGGUCCCCUCUGCAACUCUUUAGUGUCUUGUUAAAAUCAAUAUAGGGGAGAAGAAAAUUCCCAGUCUGAUCACCUCCUUUUUAAUCCUCCAGUUCAAAACUGGCCAAAUUGAAAUAUUGGUUUAGUCUAUGAAAUAAGGUGGACAGGCCAAUGUAAACUCUGCUCUCUUGCAUACCUGUGGAGUUUAGGUGUGUGAUAUAUCUGCAUAUAUUUAUUUGCACAUGCACACCUAUAUGUAUAAUCUAUCCUGGCUAUGUACAAGUGUGCAUUCACAAACGCACACAGAUGCACCCUAAUGAAAUGAAUAGAUUUAAUUGUGUGGUUGGUGCAUAUGCAUACACACAUAUAUUUCUUUGGUUAUAAUAUGCAUGUCAACUGUGUCUGCACGUUGACUAGAAAGAAUGUGCCAUGAUUGCGUGUGAGAGAGUACAUAUGCUUGUGCAUAAAUGUACAUAUAUUUCAUAACUUGCAUUUAGCAGGGAAAUAGUGUUCACUGCAAGGUUGCUGGAUAGUGCUUAAAAAAUGCACAGCGCUUUGGCCUAAAUAAAAAAAAUUAAGUAAAAGGAUUAUGUCUCUAACAUAUUAGAGUGGCUAUAAAACUGCAGAGGGUUAGCCAUGUGAAUCUGCUGCAGCAAAACUAAGAAAAGAUUCUCCCGACACCUUAAAGACUAACAUAUGGAUUGUGGCAUCAGUUUUUAUGGACUAAAGGCAAAGGAGCAGGCGGGUUAGUGCAUUUCAGAACUCCGCAAAAGCUUAUGUUGCAGUCAAUCUGUUAGCCUUUAAAGGGCACCCCCCACUCCGCAUAAAAUUGGAGUAGUUUUUGCUCAUGGUUUUUGAAUGUUUUCAAAGACUUUUUGUUCCAUGUUAAAGAAAGCAUAAGCUCCGCUGCAGUCUCCAGUUCUGGCUGCCUAUUAGAUGAUUAGAGAAAUCAGUAUUCAAGAUAUAUAUCUAUAUAUCUUCUUUUUUUCUUCUGUGUUCCUUUUCUUCCAGGCCUCAGAACCAACUUGAUGCAGCUAUGGUUCUAUCUGCGUUGUCAUCAUCAUAGUUAAUUUUUUUAUAAUUAUUGUUCUAAUGAUUGUAAAAUAAAAUUCUCUGUAUAGUUACAACUUGUACGCAUGUCCAUGUAUCAAAUGAAAAAAAUUACAAAAACCAAGAAAAAAAACACCCCUGCUUCUGUGCUAUCAUCUGGAUUAGCUGAAUUCGUGAGGUUUUUUGGAAGUCCAGUGCGAAAUAGGCGUCUUCAUUUUCUUUUUUGUAUAUAUAGUAAAAAGGAAAAAAAUGUACAUAUGUGUGAACCAAAUUGUACAAGAAAGUAUAUAUUUUUGGCUAAUAAACUGUUGCCACUUUGACUACAAUUUUCUGAUA